CUAACUUUCUCAUAGCCUCAGAAGCAGAAGAAAAACCAAUCUCUGACUUCUCAUUAAAACCAAACGAGUGCAGCAUAAUUUUCUUGGCCUCAGGUUUUGAUCGAUCAUCAGUUCUCAUUCUUUCUAGUGCUGUAAUGGAUGCAGCCUGCAGAAGGAUUGCCACUACUAAUACUUCUGUUUCUGCAUCUUCUACAACUAGAAGAAUGGCAAAAGCAAUAAUGCUAGGCAGCAUUUGCUUUCCAAGAAACCAAAGAGGUCGAUUAAAUCCUAGGCAGUGUUCUCUCCUUCUCACUCGUUGCUCCACAAAACCUGGCAUUGGUAGCAGCAAUAAUGCUACAAGUAGAAAUCCUGCCAUUGAACUGGAUUCUAAUUCAAUGGCCCGUCGACAUUUACCAACUCCAACAUCAAAUCCACCACAUACACCACCAGAGUCCAACGGUUUGGUCUUUGAUUUAGGUCCCAGGAAUUCUUGGGAUAGUACAGAAAUUGGAUCUCCAGUCGUAAAACGAUAUAUCGGUGAUAAUGAAGAAAGGUGGUGCAUGUGGUACCAUGGAAAGUCGUCUUCAGAAUCAGAUGAUCACAACAAUUCAGACCAGAUUGGACUAGCUGUUUCAAGCAAUGGAAUCCAGUGGACUCGCGGAUCACAACCUGUGAGGUCGUGUGCAGAUGUAGGUGUUGUGAUGAAUUGCAGCAAGAAUUGGUGGAGUUUUGAUACAGAAAGCAUAAGGCCUUCAGAGUUGGUGAUCAUGUCCAGCCCAAUGUAUAGUUCAGUUUACUGGCUUUACUACACAGGGUUUAGUUCUGAACAAAUGGAGAUUUCAGGGUUUCCCAACGUUUCUGUAGAGAACCCAGAAAGAGUUCACCAUGAACAUACAAAAGUCAGCAAAAUUUUCAAGUCUCUGCCAGGUUUAGCUUGCAGCCAAGAUGGCAGGCACUGGGCCAGGAUUGAAGGGGAUCAUCAUAGUGGGGCUUUGCUCGAUGUAGGGUCAGGGAAGGAAUGGGAUUCUUUAUUUAUUGCUGCACCACACGUUGUUGUUCAUGGAAGUGAUGAUAUGAGGAUGUAUUACUACUCAUUUGAUGCAGAAAAUGGGCACUUUGCUAUUGGACUUGCAAGGUCAAGAGAUGGAAUCAGAUGGGUGAAGUUGGGGAAAAUCCUGGGAAGAGGAAAAGAAGGUUGUUUUGAUGAGCUUGGCGUCAAGAAUGCAUGUGUAAUCAGGAGACGAAAAGAUGGAAACUAUUUCAUGGCAUAUGAAGGUGUUGCUGCUGAUGGGAGGAGGAGUAUUGGAUUAGCAGAAUCUACAGAUGGGCUCAGGAAUUGGAAAAGAGUUCAAGAAGAUCCAAUACUUGAGGCUUCAGAAGGGGAUAAUGGAUGGGACAAUGAGGGAGUGAGAUCCCCAUGCAUGAUUCAGAUGGAAGAUAAUAUAGAUAAAUGGAGAUUGUAUUAUGUUGGUGUUGGAAGAGGAACCACAGGAAUCGGAAUGGCAUUUUCAGAGGGAAGUAAUAUCAGGACUUUCAGAAGAAGCUCACCCGGAGUUACCCUGUAAGGUAGCUAUAUGUGUAUGUGGAGUAUCAUGUGUGAAUAGAUAUAUAUUUAUAUAUAUAGUUUCAGGAUUUGCUAAAUCAAACUUCUGCUCUCUGUUUUUCUUUAAAAAAAAAAAAAAAAAUCUAUUCUCUUUUGAAGGAGUUUAUAUGGAAGUGUUUAAAAGCUGUAAUAUAACGUAGAAUUGAUACAUUUGAUUGUAGUGCGA